UCCGUGCGGACCUCACAGCCGCCUCUCCGCAGAUGGGUGACUGCUCCUCUUCUUCCGCUCUUCUCCUCCCAAACACGGCGGCAGCUGUUCCAGCUGUGUACCGCAGGCAGCAGCAGCCCCUGCGCCGAGCACAGAGGCAGGACUGACGGGAACCGCGCUCCAGGUGUAAGCUCAGCUCAGUUUCUGAUCAUCUGUUCAGAGUCUGUAAAACGCUGCUGCAGAGCUGAUCCCCGGGGAAAGAAACACAGGACGCCAUAUUUGACUCCAUCAUCCAACUCCUCACAGCACGUAGCUGGGUGCUGUUCUCCUCCUCCUCCUCUUCCUCCUCGCCCCUCAUUGUGUUCUGAUCCUCUUUAUUGUGGGAAGUUGAGUCGCCGCCGCUGGGUUGCCCGCUCCCUACUUCCUCCUCCUCUCCCUCCCUGCCAUGUCCAACGACAGCAGCCUCCUCCACGUCUGGGAGGCCUCCGAUUGGGCAGACACCUCUCAGUGCCCUCCCUCAGUAGGCGGGGCAACAUUCCUCAUCGUGGCGUACAGCGCUGUCAUUGCCAUCGGGUUGCUAGGCAACGCAGGUCUGGUGUUCAUCAUUGCCCGGCAACAGGAGUUGCGCAACGUCACCAACAUCCUGAUCGCCAACCUGUCGUGCUCCGACAUCCUUAUGUGCAUCGUGUGCCUGCCCGUCACCGUCAUCUACACACUGAUGGAUCGCUGGGUGCUGGGGGAGGCCCUGUGCAAGGUGACGCCCUUUGUUCAGUGCAUGUCGGUGACAGUGUCGGUCUUCUCCCUGGUGUUGAUCGCUUUGGAGCGCCAUCAGCUGAUCCUCCAUCCCACCGGCUGGUCCCCCGCCGCCGGACACUCCUAUCUGGCUGUGGGGCUGACAUGGCUGGUUGCCUGCUUCAUUUCGCUGCCUUUCCUCUCCUUCAACAUCCUCACCAAUGACCCAUUCCAGAACAUUAGCCUCCCUGCCAACCCCUUCAGGGAUCAUUUGAUCUGUAUGGAGCUGUGGCCGUCAGACAAGCAUCGCCUCGCCUACACGACCUCGCUGCUUAUCUUCCAGUACUGCCUCCCCCUUCUGCUGGUGCUCCUCUGCUACCUCCGGAUCUUUCUACGCCUGAGACGUCGCAGGGACAUGCUGGAGCGCAGCAGGAGGACUCGAGGAGCCCAGAGGAUAAACGUAAUGCUGCUGGCCAUCGUCAUAGCCUUUGCUCUGUGCUGGCUGCCACUGAAUGUCUUCAACACUCUGUUUGACUGGCACCACCAGGCCCUCCCAGACUGUCAGCACGACACAGUCUUCUCUGCCUGCCACCUGACGGCGAUGGCCUCUACCUGCAUUAACCCCAUCGUUUACGGCUUCCUCAACAGCAACUUCCAGAGGGAGCUGAAGUUGACGCUGCAGCGCUGCCAGUGCGGUAACCGGGCUACAGAGAGCUACGAGAGCUUCCCUCUAUCCACCGUGGGCAGUGAGGGCAUGACCAAAGCAACGUCACUCAACAGGAUGGGCUCGAUGUGCAUCCCCUCACCUAGACCUGAGAUCGGUUCAGCAAUACUCGCCAAGACAUUACCAGCUGCAACCUAAAAUCAAGGACUAUGAGAACUGUCUUCUGACAGGUGGUUCAUCAGCGGUUCACAGCUGGAGACAGUGUGCUAACAGCUGUCUGGGAUGACUGCGUAAGUCAAAUGGUGCUUCAUCUUGGCUUGGGUUCCAUCACUUCACUGCCAGAGAUAAAUAGCUGAUUUGACCUGUCACCAAAUGUUUGGUGACCGACAGAACAAACAGCUAACCAAAACACCAUACAACCAACAGACUAACAGACCAGCUGACCAAAAGAUCGUCCAACCAAAGACUUUGGUGUUGAGAGAACUGAAAUCAGCUCACCUAACAGAGCGUCAGCAGCUGCAGCGCCAUAUUUUCUUCUAAUUUUUCUACAGAGAGAACCAGUGGCCCCUCCCACUCUGCAAUGAAGCAGGGGAUGUUGGUGGAACCAGGUUACACUGCUUUGAAGAUUCUUUGUGCAAAGAGCUCAGCAGGAGCACAAACUGUUACUGCUGCUGAAAAAUGUACUAAAAACUGAAGGAAACUAACAAAAUCAAGUUUAAAAAAUGGUUCUAUUACCGAAGCCAAUGUGAGAUCUCUGGCUGUCUCUGCCAACAUUUACUGCCAAAAUUCUUUUGCAGUUCUUCAGUUUACUUUCAGACACAAGCAAAUUGUUUAGUGUUGCACACAGGUGUUGAUUUGAUGAAAUGAAAUGAUGACUGUGACUGACAGUUGUAUAAAAUCACCUAGCAAUCGGGUUAACAUUUGAGACACUUUUAAGUAGCUGAGUAAAAGCUGUAAAAGUUAGUAGUAGGUCCCGGGUAAAGUGUCAGCAUCUUGAACAGCAUAGAAAUAAAACCAGAGCUCUGUCACAGUGUAGCUGCCAAGCAUGCCAGUGUUGCAGGCUGUUUUAAAGCAGUUAAAGUAGAUCUGUCCUGUUCUCUCUUAUUGUCUGUCACAUAUAUCCUUUUCAUUUUAAACAUCACCAAAAUAUCAAAUGUCAAAUAUUGUGCUCAGAGUAUGUAGAAAUAAUCACUGAGAGUCCAAACCUCAGGCUGUGCACAGCUCUAAAUUAAUUAAAUCUUUUUUCUCUAUUCUUGGAACUGUAUUUGAUGCCACAGACAGAGAUGAUGUCCUUGAAUGGUCAUCUCAUUUCACCCACUUCUGCUAAAGGGGGGCAGAAAUUAAAUGAAAGUUGGUUUACAUUACAAGGGAUGAAGUGAAGGCCUAAUGUUUAAUUAAUAGUGGUUCGUUUGAGCUACUCUGGCUCAAGAUUAAUAAUACAGAACUCAGAAUUAGCAUAAGAGGACCCUUUCAACACAGAAAUCAAUUUAAUCUCUUAGUAUAGACAUGCCUUGUAUUAACGGUUUGGGGUUUAGUUGAGUUAAGUUAGGUUAGGUUCAGUUGAGUUGGGUUGGGUUGGGUUAGGUUCAGUUAAGUUCAGUUGAUGAGUUCGGUGAGGUGGGGUGCGGUUGGGCGAGGUUGAAUUGAUGAGUUGGGUUGGGUUGAAGUGAGUUUGGUUGAGUUGGGUUAGGUUAGGUUAGUGUAAACGAUGUGCAACAGACCCGACCACAUCUCAGCACUUUUCUGCGUACACUUUUCUUUAUUGCGAUUACUGUUCAUAACAAUACUCACGCUGCAGCUUUCCAGCUCACAGGAGAAGAUUAGUAACUUACAUGCAGUGGAAAACAAUAUGGUUGCAGGUUAUAUGGUCAUAUGGUUAACAAUUGCAGAAGUUGUUAAUAAAAUCCACUGAGUGAGUGACUCUGUGCUAAUGUUAGUGUUUACAUACUUGAGCCGAUUUUGUCCUAAUUUCAGUGACUGCAUCUUAAAUAACGUUUUUAAAGAUGCCGUUUAGCCUUAUUCUGUGCUGAAUGAAAAGAAACUGUAGGAAUGUUUCACACUCAGUUUGUAGCAGCUUCACACACUCUUACACUAUUCUACUGUUCAUGUCAGACGAACUGUUAUAGUUACAGUUACUAUUACACUUACAGUUAUCGAACCCUGUCUUUCUUCCUUUUUGUUAAAGCAUAAAUUUUAUUUCUUAUAUCUCUAAAAUCUCCUCCUGUCUUUUGCAGAUGGAAAAUAAUGCCCUGUUUUUGGGAUUCUCUCCAGUACGGGUUUUCAAUUUGUUCAACAUUUGAGCAAUUUUAGAAGCUAUAAAUUUUCCAUACAUCCAAAUUAUAACAAAUGUUAAAAGACCCAGUUUCUAAUCUCCUUCUUAAAAAAUAAAACCUAUCUGGCUGUGCAUGUUUGUUCUCUCUGUGGAGUCAUUUCUGUUUUAAACUCAUGAUUUCGUUUUUGGUUCAAAUUACCAAACGUGGGACCAAACUCUUCUUUCUCGUAUAACUGGGGAUGAGUUUCCUCUGUCAGCUUCUUCAUGCCAUUAAAGUGAGAAAGGUGUAGUCUGUGUGGGGCUGUUGGGUAAUGUAG